AUGACAGCGGCGCCCUCCUCGGCUGCAACAGCCGCCACCGUCGCCAAGGAUGGCCCGGGUGCUGCGCCAAUCCGCAGCAUCCUCGACACGGAUCUGUACAAGCUCACCAUGCAGCAAGCCGUGCUGCGCCACUAUCCUCGCACUCGCGUUGCAUACAAGUUUACUAACCGCUCAGCGUCCACCAUGAAGUUCACACACGCUGCCAUCGACCGAAUUCGCACGCACAUCGACAACCUCGUCCACCUCCAGCUGACCUCGGAGGAGCGUACGUGGCUCGAGCAAACCUGCCCGUAUCUACGUAGCGACUAUCUUGACUAUCUGCAGGCGUUUCGAUUCCAGCCGUCGCAGCAGGUGAAGGUGGAAUUCGCCCCUUCAGGAAGCGGCGACUAUAGCAGUUCGGGCGAGGAGUGGGGAGAUCUGAGCUUGAAGGUGCAGGGCGUCUGGUCCGACGUGAUUUUCUACGAGGUGCCGUUGAUGGCGAUUGUGUCGGAAGUGUACUUCAGCACCGUGGACACGAAAUGGUCGUUGGAUGGGCAAUUUGACCAAGCUCGUGCCAAAGCUGAGCAGCUGACGUCCAAUGGUAUUCGCUACUCCGAAUUCGGCACCCGCAGAAGGCGGUCCUACCAAACUCACCGCAUCGUCAUUGAGGGCCUCAUUGCCGGUGACACCUCCUCUCCCUCCUCUUCGACCAACGGCAAACUUCUCGGAACAUCCAACGUCCACUUUGCACAACUCUUCAACCUGGUUCCCAUCGGAACCGUCGCACACGAAUGGACCAUGGCAGUAGCAGCACUCGAAGGGUACACCCACUCCAACCUCAAAGCGCUCCAGCUGUGGGACGCUGUCUACUCGCCUCCCGAUUUCAUCCCCAACAGCCCCACGCACGACCUCACCAUCGCCCUCACCGACACCUUCUCCACCAACGUCUUCUGGAACGACCUGCUCGACAACCCUUCCGGCAUCGAGAUCGCCAAACGCUGGCGCGGGCUGCGUCAGGAUUCGGGCGACAGCAAGGCGUUUGCACAAAAGGCGCUGCAGGCGUAUACUAGCAUCGGCGUCGAUCCCAAGAGCAAGGUCGUAAUCUACUCGGACGGUCUCGACGUGCAGCGGUGCCUGGACCUCGCGGCGUACUCCAAGCGGAUCGGCAUCGGUGCUGGGUUUGGGAUUGGAACCUCUUUCACCAACGACUUCACACAGCUCGGCUCGGACGGGGUCAAGAGUAAAGCGCUCAACAUUGUCAUCAAGCUCGACUCGGUCGAAGACCGACCCGUGGUCAAGAUCUCGGAUGACUUGACAAAGAACACGGGCGAUCCCGCAGAGGUGCUGGCGGUCAAGAGACGCUUUGGCAUCCCGACAACGUCCAGUAACCCCGCAGUCGCCGUAGACGGUGCGGCAGAAGCGCUCAACAACGUCGAGAUCCAAGUCGAGGAUGCUUGA